AUGUCAAGUUACAGCAGCAACGAAGGAGGAUUUUUCAACUCUGCCUACCAUGACACAGAGACUCUGGAAUUGGAUAGAAGGUCUUCCAGAAACCCACAGCAUACUAACCCCUACGGUCAAAAAGACCAGGCUCGGUUUAAUGACAGGACAGAUACAUAUGACUCCACGGCUGUUCGGAGUGUCAGUGAUGAUGGAAGAGUACCUUGGGCGGGCUGGCAAGAGGAAGGAUGGAGGGGGAGAGAGAGUAUCCCCAUGGAACUACAGUCAAGACGUCCAGAGCGACCUGAGUUGCAGGACUUCAACAGCAGUUCAAUCCAAAUUCAACAUGACUUUCAGCAUGAUUGGUUGGCACCUAUCCAAUUUCCUUCUGCGUCAUCAGGCACCAUGUCAAUGAGAUUUAGGGGAGUUGGAAUGAGGUUAAACAUGUUUCCUAGUUCUGAUCCUGGUCAUAUAGCGUUUGCAGAAGAAGCAAUCAUCAACGAGAUAGAAAAAGAAGAACGGAGCCUGGUCAAAGAACUUGUCGCCUUGUCAGCACAAGACAGAGUAAAUGCCCUACGGGAUCUUCCGAUGAGCUUUAAAGAGAAAAAACACAUCAGGAGUCAAGUUCUUGCAAUUAAGUCUUCCAAGCAAUCUCGGAGGUUCACAUGUUUUGCAGAUUGCUCAGAAACUGCGUCAGUGUCCAUUCGCAGGGCCGGCGACAAUAUCCGGUCAGCUAAACAGGCUUUGGGACUGUGGCAAGGCGUUAUGAAAGAGAUAGGCGGAAAGUUUGGCACGAGCGUACUUUCCUAUUUUCUGUUUCUUAAGUGGUUGCUCAUGGUCAACAUAUUCUCCUUCUUGGUCAACUUUGGAUUCAUCACAAUCCCACUGCUAGUAUCUGAUCACUCCCCCAACUCACUCUCAAGCUUCAGAGGACUAGAGCUACUAACAGGGGCUGGUUACUUCACCUACACUGUCAUGUACUACGGUGGCUACAGCAACAAAACCCUUGUGGAUCCUGUGGAGUACAACAUGCAGCUGGCCUACUUCUUCACUAUCGCCAUUUAUAUGGUGUUGUGUGGCAUUGCACUCAUCUAUAGCAUGGCAAACUCAUUUCAGGCAAACUACGUGCUUGGGGCUCAGGUGUCAAACAUUGCAUGGCAGCUUUUGUGCAGCUGGGAUUUUAGCAUAGUCAAUGAGAAAGCAGUGAGACGGCGCAAGAACAACCUCAGUGUACAACUAAAGGAGUCAAUGUCAGAGAAGACACAAAGGGAGCAGUUAACCCUCAUUGAAAAGAUCAAGCAAAUAGGGAUUCAUCUCGGCUCGUGGCUCCUCUCCACCGGCUUGGCUGUUGGCUGCGGAGCCAGCAUAUAUUAUCUAUGCCAAUACGAACAGCAGAGGACAGUGGAUGUGGCGGACUCAUCGCUGCAACAGGAGGCAGAGACUCUUUUGGUCCCCUUUGUGGUGUCCUUGAUGAACCUGGUGGUCCCACUCUUCUAUUCCCUCUUCAAUAAGUUUGAGCAUUACUCCAGUAAACGCAAGCAGAUCUACGCCUUGGUGCUCAGGAAUGUUAUACUCAAGAUGUUUAUUUUGGGUGUUCUAUGUUACUACUGGAUGAAUGUUGUGACUCAGACGUUUUUGUGUUGGGAAUCCAUUGUUGGACAGGCCUUAUACCGCUUGGUCAUCUUUGACUUUUUCUUUCUGAUGUUAGGAUCUUUCUUUGGAGAGUUCCUUGCCAAUUGGAUUGGAACUAAAUUCCUACCACGGCUUGGUGUUCCCGAGUUUGACGUAGCCAGGAAUGUCCUUGAGCUCAUCUAUGCACAGACUCUGCUCUGGAUUGGAAUCUAUUUCUCUCCGCUGCUGCCUGCCAUCCAAAUUGUAAAGUUUUUCACCUUGUUUUACGUGAAGAAGGUGAGCUUGACCCACAACUGUCAGCCUCCACGUCGAACAGGCAGGGCAGCUCAGAUGCAAACCAUCUUCAUUGCCCUCCUCUUCUUCCCUUUCUUUGUCGGAGCCCUGUCCAUGGUUGCAUACACUGCAUGGAGACUGACCCCCUCUAAGCAGUGCGGCCCUUUUCGGGGUCUGAACAACACCUUCAGUGUGGUUGGGAUCUGGAUCGAUGGUCUCGAACACAUUCCUGGUUCUCAGGUGGCCAUCUGGAUCUAUGAAAAUGUCAUCAGGAGUGAAAUUGUUUACUUCCUCGGCACACUCAUAAUCUUAAUCAUCAUAUAUAUCUUCUGGCAAGUCACUCAGGGCCGCAAGCAGCUUAUUGGUCGACUGAGACAGCAAAUAGUCAACGAGGGCAAAGACAAGUCAUUUUUGCUGGAAAAACUGCAGAACCUCCAGAAACGUCAUCCUAGUAAGAAACCCAAACAGAAGAAUCCAAAAAUGAACCCUAAAUAUCCAUCGGAUCGGAGUUUUCCGGGCGGUCAAUUCAACUCCAACGGAAUGGUUCAGGCAUUGAUUCUUCACCAACGUCUUGAGGAAGACGAAGCAGGACGCGGACCCGCUGGAGACGCUUUUCCCUCAGAUAUCUUCCGUUCUGACGCUUCGGAGCAGACCGCAAUGGUCUUUCAGAGAGCCCAGGAUCAAAACAGAGAAUUUCACCCAAUGGACCAGCUGUUCUUCCCUCCACACCUAAGUCAAGACGAGGAAAAUGAGACAGAUGUCCGCUACAGGGCAGCGGAGUUUCCUGAGAGCCCUCUCAAUGGGUCCAUCGCUCUGAUGCAGGCGAGACAAAGAGAAAAUGACGGAGCACAAGGAGACGACUCACCAUCUUCGUUCUCCAAUGCUAUGAUGCAAGUCAUGCAGGCAAGGCAAAAUGCCGAGAUAGAAGAGAGUCUCCAUUGGGGAACCACCGCAGCCCCAGAAAAUACACCUCCUGCUAGGUCGAGCGCUCUCAUACAAGCAAUGUUGGCCCGGCAACAGGCCCAGAAUGAGUUUGAUGAUGGCUACUGAACUGAAAGUAAGCAGGUAAUCAACAGCAAGAAUGGGAAUUAUUAAUCAAAACCUGAAUUUCUACUGGCAUCCAGAUUAAUUAAAGGGGAACAUUAUCACCAGACCUAUGUAAGCGUCAAUAUUGACCAGAUGUUUUUUUAACCGAUUUCUGAACUCUAAAAGGUUGAAUUUGGCGAUUUAAACGCCUUUCAAAUUUUCACCUGUCGGAACGAUGACCUUUCACCCGUGACGUCAAUCAAUCAAAUCAAUCAAUCAAUGUUUACUUAUAUAGCCCUAUAUCACUAGUGUCUCAAAGGGCCGCACAAACCACAACACAAACCACUAUGACCUCCUCGGUAGGCCCACAUGAGGACAAGGAAAACUCACACCCAGUGGGACGUCGGUGACCAUGAUGACUAUGAGAACCUUGGAGAGGACGCAAGCAAUGGAUGUCGAGCGGGUCUAACAUGAUACUGUGAAAGUUCAAUCCAUAGUGGAUCCAACACACCCGCGAGAGUCCAGUCCAAAGCGGAUCCAACUUGACGUCACGUCGUGAAGCGACCCGCCAUUUUCUCAAAACACAUUACACACACCAAGUCAAAUCAGCUCUGUUAUUUUCCUUUUUUUCGACCCUUUUCUGGCACCUUGGAGACAUCAUGACUCGUCAGUGUAUUGUCCGAGGUUGUAACAACAAGAACAGAGACGGUUUCAAGUUGCACCAGUGGUCAAAAGAUGGGAAAGUCCCUCGUUUGUUCCGCACACUGUACCAACGACAGCUAUGCUACGACAGAGAUGGCAAGAAUGUGUGGAUAUCCUGCAACACUCAAAGCAGAUGCAUUUCCAACGAUAGUCAACGAAAUCACAAAAGUGAGUUUUGUUGAUGUUUUUGACUUAUGUCACUCCACAUAUUUGGUCACGGCAUGACUGCAAGCUAUUCGAUGCUACCAUGCUAUUUAGGCUAGCUGUGUGUACAUAUUGCAUCAUUAUGCCUCAUUUGUGGUGAUAUGUGCAUCCAGCCUUUCCUUUCACCCACAUUUAAUGCCAAACAAACACAUACCAAUCGUUGGUUGGAAGGCAAUCGCCAAAUUCGUCCACACUUCCUCCCGUGCCGCUGUCUUGUCAUGAUAUGGCUCAAAAGCUUCUGUUUCUUUAAUUUAGUUUUCGGUAUCUGCCUCCACACUCCAACCAUCCGUUUCAAUACAUGCGUAAUCUGUUGAAUCGCUUGCGCCGCUGAAAUCCGAGUCUGUAUCCGAGCUACUAUGCUAUACCUUUCUGUACUAUCCGCCAUGUUUGUUUCUGGUGGCUUCACGCAGUGACGUCACAGGACAAUAGACCGGUGGAUAUAGCACUUUGAAGCCCAUUUUCGGGAUAUUCCAUGAUGGGUAAAAUUUUUAGAAAAACUUCGAAAAAUAAAAUAAGCCAUUGGGAACUGAUUUUUAUUGGUUUUAACACUUCAGAAAUUGUGAUAAUGUUUCCCUUUAACUAAAUUUGCAUAAACUAAAAUAGCCACUGGGAACUGAUUUUUAUUGGUUUCAACCCUUCAGAAAUUGUGAUAAUGUUUAACAAAAUUUGCAUAAACUGCAAACAUUUAUUUGUGAGAGUGCAGGUUCACCUCAGUAUUCACUAUGUUUCAUUAAAAUAAUAUAUUACAAAUAUGGACGUAUAUGUUUAAUAUAUAAAAAAAUACAGUACCGUAUCAUUGUAUGGGAAUUGUAUCCCUAUAGCAUAAAUUGGUAUUGCAUCGCUACUAAUGGCUUAGUUUUUUUAAAUUGUCCGUAUGCAUAUUCUAAAAACAAAAUUAAAGGACCCAUAGCGUCCUGAUGACCAACAUUUCACCUGAAAGUUUUCUUUAUGUAUUUUUUGCUCCUGAAAAUUAAUCUGGCAGUUAUUUCCCAUCAAUUAAUUGUUUUGAAAAAUACCCUUCACAUCGCCAAACUUGAUAUGCCGCACUCUUGAUUUGACGUCAUCAACUAAACUGCAGACAGAAUGGAUACAAGCAUGUAAAACUGUUAUUUUUGAUCACUUAGUUGCAUGUUUGUGUGGCCCUGGUCCACGAUGACUUCAAACUGAUAUGGUUAACAUUAUGAGCAGAGAAGAAAUACAACAUAUUAUUUCUGGACUUCCCGUAGACAACACAGCCUGUGAGUCUCCAUAGUCUUUUUGUUUUUUUCUCAAGCAUCUUGAGAAAAACAUCAGUAGAAGAGGACACAUAAAUAAAUUACUAGCGGGUUACCUCUUCAGUUUUCCCCAGGUUCUGACUCAGUCUUUCUCCUAAUUUUCUGGAUCAUGUUGAGCUUGAGUCUUUUCAUGUUUUCCAACCAAACUCAGACCAAAACCCUUCCUUGAAGUCAGACUCAUUGAAAAGAUGGCUGCAAAUUACACUCCUCUGGCUUGGUCCGUCCCAUUUUUCACCAUACUUUCCUCAUAUUCCAUCCAUCCAUCCAUUUUGCUUGUCCGAUCAUUUUGAAAAUGUAUGCAGGUUUACCCCUUUUUAAGUUUUGUUUUCAACUUGCAACAAUGAAUCCGGCAGACAUAUUUGAUAUUUCAUAAAAAUUCUGCGUGAAAAUGAACAACAUACUCUGCAUUAGAAAAAUGCCUGCAGUCUUCUGUAGGUGACGUCAGUAGGCUGAUUCAGCCCCGCACCCCAUUUUGGGGCUGAAAGUGGCCGUUCCAAAAUUUGUUGAAAAAUAAAAAAAUAAGCCUACAAUUCCUAGAGUCUAUUUUUGUUACAAUAAUUGUAUCUAAGAUAUCACAAAACUUUGUGUUACAUUGAGUUCAGCUCACCCAGUGAGAAAACAAAAGCUGUCUUUGAUCCUACCAAGAAGGCCUGUAAAACUUCACUGUGUAGAAUGGGAAGCAACAUGAAAGUGUUCAGUUUCUUUGAUGUAUCGUAAUCCACAGAAACAUUUAGUUUUGACCUGAGAACAACAAAGAGGUGAGGAAGCAGGACCAGACUGCCCUCCAGGCACCGCUUCUUUAAACUGUUUUACGACCUUUUCUUUGAACUUUUCUGUAACUAAAGGUGAUGGCUGUUUACGACCCCCUCCCUUAAAAACAGCUGUUGCCAUGUAAUCAGGGAAAGCCCAAAUAAAAGAGAAGUUGUACAAUCUAUUGUCAGGAGCGUGGUGAGACUGAAUAAGAGUACAGCCCGGACGUUUCUCCUCAAUUGAGCCAAAUUUAAUUCUGUCUGUUUAAUUCCUUGCUUCUUGUCUUGUUCAAUAGAUGUCAUCAGUGUUUGAACCUGACAAUUUUGGGUGUGGAUUUUACCUGUCGACAUAAUUUUUAAGCUCAGAACUAUUGAAUAAGUACCGUUGUUGUCAGCAUUGGUGGGGUCUGUUAUUAGUUAAAAAUGUA